AACCCAUGAACAGCAGACUGCCGUGGCAGACUGUGGCAGUUGGUGUUUUUGCUUUCCUUUUGCUUUCACCCGAUGCGGGCAGUUGGAUGGACCAAUUGACACGUUGUGUGUUGAGGGCGUCACUUCGACAUCUCCGCGGAAAAAGGCGAUCAUCUGCAGAUCUUUGGUACCUCAUCCAUGACAGCCGCUGUGAUGGCUGAAGAGCUUGGGAUCACCCCAUCUCGCCCAGUGGAUUCCAUUUGGAAGACCGUGGCACGCCUGGUGAAACUGGCUUUGGCAGAUCCUGACCGUGGCUGGCGCGCCAUCCUCCUGAGCUGCUCCGUCUUCGUCCUCCUCCUGGGGGAAGUCGCCGCCGCUGGGCGCUAUAGCGUGGUGCAGAAGAACCUCAUUACCGCUUUGCAGGCGAAGGACAAGGCCUUGUUUCAUCGGGGCCUACGGAAUGUGGGUCGCAUCAUCCUUUGCAUCAGUCCGAUCAUUGCAUUGAGAGAAUAUGCUGCUGGUGUGCUUGGGAUGAACUGUCGAACGUCCUUGACCGCGUACUUCGCGAGGAAGUACUUGAUGCCUCAGAAGCCGAAGAGUGAUUCGCAGGCUGGGACUGACCAGCAGGCUGCACCAUGCCCGUACUACGCGCUGACUCUCACCGGUGAGAUCGACAACCCUGAUCAGCGCAUUUGUCAAGAUGUGGGUCACUUGGUCACAUCAGGCGUCUCCUUUGCUCAAGACGUGGUCAGGACCAGCCUCAGCAUCCUCACUUUUGCCCCAGUGCUGUACUCCAUUUCACCUGCAGCCUGCAUUGGAGGGAUUGCCUACGCUGUGACCGGCACCGUGGUCUCCGCCCGGAGCUUCGGGCGGCUGCUGGGUGUCUAUCAGCUGCGCUCGCUGCAGCGCGAAGCGCACCUCCGCUACACCCUCAUUCGCGUGCGCGAGCACGCCGAGUCGAUCGCCUUCUUUGAAGGUGGAGCAGCGGAAUUCUCCAAGUUUCAUGGGGGCUUCCGGAACUUGCUGGAGGCUCUCUAUCAGAGCGUCUUGGUCGCGACCGGCUACAGCAUGCUGAAUCGCACCUUCCACUGGGCCACCUUCGCCGUCAUUCCGAUGCUGGUGGGCCCCGCCUACCUGGAUGGCCGCGUCGAGUUCGGCGUGAUCUCCCAGGCCACGAUGGCUUUCAACAUCAUUUUGGAGGAGCAUUGCCCAUUUGGACUCCUACGUCGGUUUCAGAGGGUCCAAGCACCUGAGAUUCGACGCGACGCUGGUGGCCAUGUGAGAUCCUGUUGUGGGCGUGAAGAUAAGGCAUUGACCUUGGCCAUGCACCGCUUGGAAUCCCUGAGCGACCUCCGUGUCCGCUUGCAGCGCCUGGCACAGCUGGACGAUGCCCUCAGCCUGCCGCCAGUGUCACCGACGACGGGGGCCAUGGCUGGGACGAUCCCCACCGAUGGCGUGUUGCUCCGCUUCGAGGCUGUGACGCUACGGACGCCGCAGCACAAGGAUGUGAGGCCGAAGGUCCUCUUUGAGGAUCUAUCCUUCGAAGUCCUCGAGGGGCAAUCUCUCCUCAUCUCAGGUGCCAGCGGCAUCGGCAAGAGCUCCCUGCUGCGGGCGGCCGCUGGGCUGUGGGGCGUGGCUGGCUCGAUCCAGCUGCAGCGCUCGGAGGUCUUCUUCAUGCCGCAGAAACCGUACAUGUUCUUGGGCUCUUUGAGAGAUCAGCUGCUCUAUCCCCAGGUGGACACCUCGAGUGCUUCGAGCACUCGUCUGGAGGAGGUGCUCCGUGCAGUGAACCUGGAGGAGCUGAUCCACGUCGGCUUGGAGGAAGUGAAAGAUUGGGCCAAUAUCUUGUCACUGGGGCAGCAGCAGCGCAUCAACUUUGCCCGCGUCCUCCUGCAGCCAAGCAUUCGAUUUGCCUUGAUGGACGAGUGCACUUCUGCCUGCGAUCCGGAGAACGAGCUCCUUUUGUAUCAAUUGCUUCAACAACAUCUUCGAGGCUACGUGUCGGUCGGCCACCGGCCCUCCCUUCAACAAUUCCAUACGCAUGCGCUUUGGCUGCGGAGAUCGACACCGACAACAACCACAGAAAUAGAUUUCUUGAUUAUGCAAGAAUUUCAAGAAAAAAUGAUUGACAAAUUUAUUGAUUGCAUUGAUAAAUUGAAUUAUGGCAUAUUAUGGCCAGAACCUAGGCUAUCUUGA